AUGGCCAUCAGUCAACGCAUUAGACUGGAAUAUAGUGGCCCGAUGGCCGUUAUCACUCUGGAUUAUCCUCAAAAGCUGAAUUCUAUGACCAAGGACGAUUUUUACCAAUUAGCAUCGUACUUGACCCAAAUCGCCGAGCGUGAUGACAUUUUGAUUACGCUGCUGAUCGGAAAGGGCAAAUAUUUCUCGGCAGGUGCUGAUAUCUCAGUAUCACGUGUACAGCCACCUGGAACCGAUCUGUAUCGCCAUGGCUUGGCCUUCACUGUUGCAAGCAACCUAAAUCUGGCGCGGGCUUUCUACACGCAUCCAAAAAUUCUGAUAUCAGCGCUGAACGGACCCGUGGUGGGCAUGCCGGCAGCUUUAGUGGCCCAUUCGGAUUUCAUCUAUGCUGUCCCAAACACAUUCUUGUUGACACCGUUCGCAAGUCUAGGUCUCAUUCCGGAAGGGGUCUCUUCGCUAGCUUUCACACAGAGAAUGGGAAUCACAAAAGCCAAGGAAGCGUUGAUCACUGGAAAACGAUUGUCCAGUAAAGAGCUUCUCGAUUCCGGGUUUAUCAAUCAAGUAUUCGACUGCAGACCAGGAGACGAUGUGACUUUCAAAAAACUCGUAUUUGAAGAGAUCCAAAAAUUGUUCCACCCCGACCUGGAUACGACUAGUAUGCUGAAGACCAAAGAGUUGAUCUCACGGAGGAUGCGAGAACAAUUUGAUGCUCAAAAUGUGGAAGAAGUGUUUGGAGCACUCAGUCGGAGUGUUGCAGGGAUCCCCCAGAAGCAGUUCGAGAAACGGAGGUUGCAAAUGGCCAAUUCCAAAUUGUGA